AAAAAACUACAUCCGGUGACGUUUAUUUACUUUCUUUAAAACUCAAAUGGCGACAACAAUGCAACAACAUGAGCCUUUGGACAACCCGGCUACAGGAAACCUAAAAUUUUCUCUGGAUGUUCCCUUCCCAUCUAGUCAUGAAGCGAUUAUCGCUCUGCGGUCUCUGUCGCCAGACAAGGAGCCCCGCAAAGGAGGCAUCACCAAAGAGAUAACUGUGGAAGGCAAUACCCUGUCUGUGAGGUGGAGUGCAGACGAAGCCCGUAUUCUCCGCGUUUCUGUUAAUUCAUUUAUGGAUCAUCUAUCACUUGUAUUAGAGACUAUGGAGCUAUUUAGUCUUCCAGUUUCACAAUGAUUAGGAUUAUUUGUUUUUAUUACUAUAGGCCUAAUUCAUCUAAUGGUAAAUCUUCCUUCAAUUGUUUUCUUGAACAUGAUGUAUCUACAAUUGCUUUAAUUGGGCAACUUGACCUGUUACAUGAAACAACAUUUACGUUCCCUUUUUGUGUACAUAGGUAUAUGAUGUUGUCUUAUACAUUUGGCCACUAGGAGAGGCUGUUGGUCAAUAAAAAAAGUCAUGGUUGCCUC